AUGUCUGGCCGUGGGAAGCAAGGCGGGAAGGCUCGGGCCAAGGCCAAGUCACGCUCAUCCCGGGCUGGGCUCCAGUUUCCCGUGGGCCGUGUCCACCGACUACUGCGCAAGGGCAACUACGCGGAGCGAGUGGGUGCCGGCGCCCCGGUGUACUUGGCGGCCGUGCUGGAGUACCUGACUGCUGAAAUCCUGGAGCUGGCAGGCAACGCUGCCCGCGACAACAAGAAGACGCGCAUCAUUCCCCGCCACUUGCAGCUGGCCAUCCGCAACGACGAGGAGCUGAACAAGCUGCUGGGCAAGGUGACGAUCGCGCAGGGCGGAGUGCUGCCCAACAUCCAGGCCGUGCUGCUGCCCAAGAAAACCGACAGUCACAAGGCAAAGAGCAAGUAAAACCUGGAGAGAGCGUUUCAAUUUCCGAAGUAACCCAAAGGCUCUUUUUAGAGCCACCCACUUCCUCAUAAAAGGAGCUGCAGGUCCUAGCAACCCA